AUGCGACACAACUUCAUUUCGAGUUAUUUGGUUUCUUAUCUAUCUGAGUCGAGAAUUAUACGUUUAAUUAAUAUUACGCGAAUAUAUUCCGAUGCUGUUCGUAUUGUAUCCUCGAAUGCACUUUAUUUUCUGUACGCCACUGCCAGAACUGGUUCGCAAAAUUUCGAAACUGGUAAUUUUGAUGUCGAAGAUGCACCACGUUCUGGAAGGCCGAUUGAAGCUGAUAAAGACACGAUAAAGGCAUUAAUUGAUGCAAACAGACGAAUAACAAUACGUGAGAUCGGUGAGAGGUUAAAUUUAUCAAAUUCAACUAUUUAUGACCACUUGAAAGGUCUGAGUUUAAACUCGAAGCUCGAUAUAUGGGUUCCCCAUCUUCUCACUGAGAGAAAUUUGUGUCGUCGUGUUGAAGUCUGUGAUUUGCUUCUCAAACGUUACGAAAAUGAUCCAUUUUUGAAGCGCAUCAUUAUUGUGGACGAAAAAUGA